AUGGUUAAGUUAUUUGUGGGCAAUUUGGGUCCGAAAGUAGGGGCCGAUGAGCUUCGAGCUCUGUUCGAGCAGUACGGGCCCGUGAGUGAAUGUGAUGUGAUUCGGAACUAUGGUUUUGUGCACAUGGACGAUGAGCAAUGCGCUUCGAAGGCUUUCGAAGCCCUCAACAACUACUACAUGCAUGGACGAGCGCUUCACGUUGAGUUUUCGACCAGCAAGCUCCGGAAAGCCCCCGGAAUGGAUGAGCUAUGCUUCAGAUGCGGUGCUGCCGAUCACAAGUAA